AUGGCGGCCACAAGAGCCCCGCCGUGGGGAGAUGAACUGGAUUUGGGACGGAGCGGAUCAGAACAGGAGAGCGCGGGGCAGUCGCGGGGCAGUCGCGGGGCAGCCUCGCUCCGGCCCCGUCAGCGGCACCGCCGCUUCGUGCCGGGCAGGAGCGGCAGAAGGAGCCGGGCGGAGGCGGGGGCUGAAUCCCGGCAGGAGGAGGAGGAAGAAGAGGAAGGGGCCGGGGCCGCCUGCGGUGUCCGAUCCCCGGCAGCAGCGGCGAGGCCUCGGGGAGCGGCGGCGGGCGGGGCCCUUUGGAGCCGCCCCGAGGCUUUGGUGCCGCCGCGGGUCCCUGAAGGAGCCGCUCGGCGGGACGGGCGAGCUGGGAACGGAAGAAAACACCGAGAAAAGAAUGAAAUCCAAUCAAAGAGCCGCACCGAGGGGAGUCUCCGCCGGCCCGCGUCCCUGAAGGAGCUGCACCGAGACACCGGCGAGGAGCCCGGCGGUGAAAGAGCCGCACCGCAGGGGAGCGGGAUGAGAGCGCUUCCUUUCCGCCCGGAGAUUUGGAGAACAAAAUUCCCGGCUGCCCCUGCAUCCCUGCAGCUUUCCACAGCCCCAGCCUCGUCCCUCCUCUCCCGGUUCCUUUUCUCCAGUCUCUCCCUCGUGUCGCUGCCGGCUCGGAGGAAGGACAUUCCCCCCGGCACCCCCUGCCUCCUCCUCCUGUCCCGUGGGGCGCAGUUGGUGCUUCUGGAGCCGCCUGCCCGCGCAGCCGGACCCGUCCUGCGGCCGCUCAGCGCUGGAGCCGAGGGAAUGAACUGCGGGCAUCGCUGGGUUGCGCUGGCCCCGGCCGGGUGCCCGGUGCCACCAAAGCCGCUCUGCUCCUUGCAGGUCCCCUAUUCCCCUGCCGGCUCUCCUGCACCACAGAACUCUGCCGGCUGCAGCUUCACAAAUGUCAGGUCCGGGUCUGGAUGUUCCUGA